GGCCUCCUCCUGCAGGGUUCCGGUUCUGAGUGCGCACGCGCGAAUGCAAAUCCUCUUCGAGGCAACAUGGCGAUGGGAGUGAUGUGCGGACGCGGGGAACUUUUGCGGCUCCUGCGGCCUCAGCGGCAGUUCCACAGUGUUGCAAGGCUCUCGCAAUGGCCCCAGAAACCGGUGACUGCGAGGCUCCUAUUCGCAGCCAGUCCGUGCCGCAGUCGCCAGUGCUACGUCCUCCUCGCAGGCCCUGGUCCCCGCUGCCUCAGUACCUCUGCCAUAUUUUUUGCAGAAGCCCAGGUUCAGGCUACUCCUGUUGUUCCUGCAACUCCCUCACCCGCAGCAAUACCUGAGGUGGCUUCUGGAGAGACUGCGGACAUAGUCCAAGCUGCUGCAGAACAGAGCUUUACUGAACUGGGACUGGGGUCAUACACUCCAGUAGGACUGAUCCAGAACUUCCUGGAAUUUAUGCAUGUUGACCUGGGCCUACCUUGGUGGGGGGCCAUUGCUGCAUGUACAGUCUUUGCCCGCUGCCUGGUUUUUCCUCUCAUCGUGAAGGGCCAGCGAGAGGCAGCCAAGAUCCACAACCACUUGCCAGAGAUCCAGAAGUACACCGCUCAAAUCAGAGAGGCCAAGUUGGCAGGAGACAAUGCUGAGUUUUACAGGGCCUCCUCAGAGAUGACACUUUACCAGAAAAAGCAUGGUAUCAAACUCUUCAAACCUCUCAUUCUACCUCUGACUCAGGCUCCAGUCUUCAUCUCCUUCUUCAUUGCUUUGAGAGAGAUGGCCAACCUUCCUGUGCCCAGCCUGCAGACAGGUGGCCUCUGGUGGUUCCAGGAUCUCACAGUAUCUGAUCCCACCUACGUGUUACCACUGGUAGUCACUGCUACAAUGUGGGGUGUCCUUGAGCUAGGUGCUGAGACAGGGGUGCAAAGUUCUGACCUUCAGUGGAUGAGAAAUGUGAUCAGAGUGAUGCCUCUGGUAGUCUUGCCCAUAACCAUCCAUUUCCCCACGGCAGUGUUUAUGUAUUGGCUCUCUUCCAAUCUGUUUUCCCUGGUCCAAGUGGCCUGCCUCCGGAUUCCAGCUGUGCGUACUGUACUUAAAAUCCCCCCACAUGUUGUACAUGACCCUGACAAAUUACCUCCACGAGAAGGCUUCAUAAAGAGCUUCAAAAGAGGCUGGAAGAAUGCUGAAAUGGCACAUAGGGUUCAAGAGCGUCAGCAACGCAUGCAGAAUCACUUGGAGCUUGCAGCCAGGGGUCCCUUACGACAGACCUUUACUCACAACCCUCUACUACAGCAUGGGAAGAAUCACCCUCCCAACACCCCUAACAGCAUCGGUGAUAAACCAAAGUCAAAGCAGCCCUGGCGUGACACACUUAGCUGAUUUACAUUUCCUGUUCAUUCUGGCAAGAACUUUGUCUUUUCAAAGACUCAUCCUCAAAACAAGACUUGACACUAUGGAACUGUGGCACACAAAUGUUCAUUUUAAGAAUGUAUUCCAUUUAGUGCAAGUGGCGGUUUACUAAAAAAUAGAAGAAAAGAAUGUAUUUCAUGACAGUCUUACAUGGUAUAAGAGACUCAGGAGCCAAGUGAUCUUCCCAUUCUGAGAGUUAGGAAACCUGUGUGCUAUGUGCUGAUUGCUGAUAACUUAGGGAAGCCGGUAUGUGCUUCACAAAACUGAAGAAUAGAGUGUGUCGUGAUUGUUCUUGCUGGACCAUGGUCUUUGGAAUUUUUUUUUUUUUUUUUUUUGAGACAGAGCCUCAAGCUGUUGCCCUGGGUAGAGUCGUGGCAUCACAGCUCACAGCAACCUCAAACUCCUGGGCUUAAGCAAUUCUCCUGCCUCUGCCUCCCAAGUAGCUGGGACUACAGGCACACCCCACAACACCCAGCUAUUUUUUUUUUGGUUGUGGCCAUCGUUGUUUGGCGGCCCUGAGCUAGAUUUGAACCUGCCAGCUCAGGUGUAUGUGGCUGGCACCUUAGCCGCUUGAGCCACAGGCACUGAGCCAGCCUUGGGAAAUAUCUUACUAUCAUAAUGUUUUAACAUGGCAUUAAGAGCCUAAACUUUCAACCCAUACAUGUGUUGUUCCAUCCACAUUUGCUUUGCAGUCAUGGAGUAACCACCUUUUUUAAUCCUAAGAUUACCUAUAAAAUAUCCUUCAAGAAGUAAAUGGCCAGGAGUGGUGGCUUAUGCCUUUAAUCCUAGCACUCUAGGAGGGGAGUGCUGAAGCAGGUGGAUUACUUGAGCUCAGGAGUUUGAGAACAGCCUUAGCAAAAGUGAGACCCUGCCUCUACUAAAAAUAAAACUAGCCAAAAAACAAACAAACAAAAUAAAAUAAAACUAGCC